AACUGGGGUUCUUAGAAGUGGUGAUGCAAGAAGUUUCUAGGAAAGCGCUACCAGAACUUGACAAAAUGGCUUGCGCAGCAGACAGCUGCAUACAAUUCACACGCCAUGCAAGCGAUGUCCUGCUCAACCUGAAUCGCCUCCGUAGCAGAGACAUCCUCACAGAUGUCACUAUCUUGGUUAACAGACAGCAGUUUCGUGCGCACAAGACUGUUCUCAUGGCUUGCAGUGGGCUGUUUUACACCAUCUUUACCGACUCCCACAAGUGCAAUCUUAAUGCAAUCAGUCUGGACCCAAAGGUGGACCCAGAGGGCUUUGCCAUCCUGCUGGAGUUCAUGUACACCUCCCGUCUCACGCUAAAGGAGAGUCUGAUCAUGGCGAUUAUGAACACAGCCAUCUACCUGCAGAUGGACCAUGUUGUGGACACCUGCCACAGAUUCAUCAAAUCCAGUGAUCCGUCUGUCAAGCUGCCCAGAGAUGAGUUUUUGGUCAGUCCCUUGGUGUUACCUCAGGAUGUCCACGCGUACCGACCCCAUGAUGUUGUCGACAGUUUGCACAGCCGCGUGGCUCCGUUCAGGGAUGGGAGGCCCUACGGCUCAAACAUGUUCAACGGGGUCAGCACCCCAAGCAACUACCAUCUCUACGGGCAGUUUCCCAUGCCAGGAUUCCCCUUCCCUCUCUGCAAGCUGACUGAUGCCAAAACCGCUUUUGCUGACCUCUCAAAGAGCGGCAUCCACCACAAGCAUUGUUCUCCGCAUGACAGCGUCAUCAGGGCAGAGUACACCCGGGCGGUUGGCACUAGCUCCUCCAGCAUUAUUCACUCUACCACCUACGCUUGCAGGGAGGCAGGGCGAGACGAUGAGAUGCGGAAGGAGAGCCACGAGGGGGUCGGCCAGUCUAUCGCACUCGGCACAAGGAAGCGCGCGUUUCCUGUGCUGACCCUCGAGCACCAGAGAGACUCUGGGAAAGAUCACGCUCCUCAGGCGGAGGAAGACCUGAUCCAUCAGCACUACCCGCUGGGAAUCUCCUCCGCUGGACGCAAGAGCCUCAUGAGCAGCCCGCAGAGCCCCCUCAAAUCAGACUGCCAGCCCAACUCCCCAACGGAGUCCAGCAGUAGCAAGAACGCCGGCCUCUCCUCCCAAACUGCCAGCGUGCAAGCUCCGCAAGGGACGCAGGACCCCAAAUCCCGCAACUGGAAGAAGUACAAGUUCAUCGUGCUGAAUCAGAGCGCCAAGGAAGACGAGGCGGGGCUGCGGGAUCCUGGGCUGCGGUCACCUCAGCGCCUCGGCCUGCAACCCUACCUCCACCCCAGUGACUCGGAGAACCUCGACCCACAAACCACGAGCAAGAGCAACAAUCAGAGCGAGGACCUACCCGUGCCCCAGGCGAGCCGUCUCAACAACAUCAUAAACAGUGCACUGGAGGAACUGAGGAACGCUGAAAGCCACCCUCCGCACUAUCUGAACCGCCUCAACUGCUCGUCCUGCGGCGCGCCGUCCCCGCAGCACUCCGAAGUGUGUCCCAUCAGCUCCAGGUCCCGUCUAUCAGAGGACAUGGCAGAGCUGCACUCGGAAUACUCCGACUCCAGUUGUGAAAACGGUACGUUCUUCUGCAACGAAUGUGACUCCAAGUUCGCCGAGGACGAAGCGCUGAAACAGCACAUGCUUCAAGUGCACAGCGACAAGCCAUACAAGUGUGACCGCUGUCAGGCGGCUUUCCGCUACAAGGGCAACCUCGCGAGCCACAAGACUGUCCACACAGGAGAGAAGCCGUAUCGCUGUAAUAUCUGUGGUGCUCAGUUUAACAGACCAGCAAACCUCAAGACUCACACUCGCAUCCACUCAGGAGAGAAGCCAUACAAAUGUGAGACGUGCGGAGCUCGUUUUGUACAGGUUGCUCAUCUCCGCGCCCACGUGUUGAUCCACACGGGUGAGAAGCCAUAUCCGUGUGAGAUCUGCGGAACACGCUUCCGUCACCUGCAGACGCUGAAGAGCCACCUGCGCAUUCACACGGGAGAAAAGCCCUACCAUUGUGAGAAAUGCAACUUGCACUUCCGCCACAAGAGCCAGCUGCGGCUGCAUCUCCGACAGAAGCACGGCGCCAUCACUAACACCAAGAUCCAGUACCGCAUGUCGACGGUGGACAUGCCCAUGACGGACGUGCCCAUGGCGGACAUGCCCACUGACUUGACGAAGGUGUGCUGAGCUGGACGAAGGGAACAGUUUUGACGAAAGGCAAUCUUGACCUUGGCAUUUAAAGACCCCAACUUGUACAAUCAUCCAAAAUUGUA